CGGUCGCCUCCGCUUGGCACCGUUCGCGCACUGGUGGAGGUCGCGGUCACAGAGGAUUGGAAGCCUUCGCGAUCCGUGAGGCAGCGCCGGCCAGUGUGUGUGCGGAAGCCGGCCGGAGCGGACGCUGCUGGCAACUCCGUGUGUCGUCUCUAGCCGGGCAGAUGGGAGCAUCGCGGAGGGAGCAGAUGGCGGCCAUCGCGCUGUUGCUCCUGCUGAGCCUGCUAGAGGCUACACGUGCUGCGCACGUGCUGAUGGUGUUUCCCGUGGGCUCGCCCAGCCACUGGAAUCUGGGACGAGCUAUGGCCAAGGGUCUGCACGCACAAGGGCACCGCAUCACCGCCGUCACGCCCUUCCCUGGGCAAGGACCGCCAAAUAACUGGACAGAUGUCGCGCUACCCAACACCAUGUCUUUCUUUGGCCAUACAGCUGGCCUGUUUGACCUUGGCACCGCCAGUGAUUUUGCAGUACUCCUCAAGUUGCAGAAAUUCGGAACAUACUCCUGUGAAACUUUUCUGCAACAUGAGAACGUGAAGAAACUGUUUAGCUCCAACGAAAAGUACGAUGUCAUGAUCAUAGAAAUAUUCUUCUGUGAGUGCUUCCUGGCCCUGUCUCACAUAUUUAAGAUACCAGUGAUCCAGUUCGCCACUUUCUCUCCACCUGCGUGGAUGGGCGACGUCGUCGGCAAUCCAAGUCCGCCCGCCUACGUCCCCGAACCAUUCCUGGAAUACUCCGACCACAUGACUUUCUUCCAGCGGCUGCACAACACGGUGUUCAGCACUUACUGCAGGGUAGUUCGAAAUUUGUACUACAUGCCCAGCCAGGACGCCAUCGUAAGACGGUACGUGGAUGAUCCUACCUUACCCAGUCUGCUGGAGAUAGAGAGGAAGUCGUCGAUGGUGUUGGCGAACAGCCAUUUCAGUGUGCUGCACCCGAGGCCGCUCCUUCCAGCGAUGGUCGAGGUCGGAGGAAUGCAUGUCAGCCCUCCCAAGAAGCUGCCAGAGGAUCUCCAGAAAUUCUUGGACGGCGCGAAAGAUGGGGCAGUUGUAUUCAGCCUCGGCUCGAACCUGCGGAGCGCCGACCUGGGGGAAGACAAGAGGACGGCCAUACUGACUGCCUUCUCCAAGUUAAAGCAGCGCGUUAUCUGGAAAUGGGAGACAGAGACACUGCCUGGAAAACCGGACAACCUCAUGGUUAAGAAGUGGCUGCCACAGGCCGACAUUCUCGCACACAAGAACCUGAAGGUGUUCAUAACUCACGGCGGUUUGCUGAGCACAUUUGAAGCUGUGUAUCAUGGCGUUCCCGUGGUUGGGGUGCCGGUGUUUGGUGACCAGGAGCUGAACAUGAUCAGGGCGGAGGAGAAAGGCUACGCGCUGAGGCUCCAGUUCAACAACCUCACGGCGGAAUCCUUCUUCUGGGCCAUCACAGAAGUGCUCCACAACCCCAGCUACCGGAUGAAGGCGCAGCAGCUGUCGCGCCUGUUCCACGACAGACCCCGCACGCCGCUGCAGGAGGUGGUGUACUGGACGGAGUACGUGGUGCGCCACAAGGGAGCGCCACACAUGCGGUCGGCCGCGCUGGAGCUGUGCUGGUACCAGAGGCUGCUACUGGACGUGCUGGCGGCGGCGCUGGCCGCUGCCGCUGCAGUCCUCUGGGUCCUCAAGGUCGCCCUGCGGACUGUCCACAGGCUGAUUGUCGGCCGGGGGCCAGACAGCCCCAAGAAGAAACUCAAAAAGAAAUAGCAACACUUGUACCAAAUAAGAACAAAAUUCCUGAGGUUAUUUUUAAAUAUAUCGUUAUUUAUACAA